UUGCUCCGAUUCCAUGGAGAAAGUCGGAAAGGCGGUGGCGAUAUCGGAGUAUUAGACUGCUGUCGUUGAGGGAGCAGGAGGCCAAUGAGGCGGCGGGGGUGGAGAGGCACGCGUUGCCGUGGCUCCCUUACUGGAAAGACCGCUUUGGUAGGGGUGGCUCAUUCUGAAAGAAAGCACCUAACGGGAGACCCUCUAUAUGCAAAUGAGGUGUAAGGCUACCUGGUUACAUUUGCAGUUGAGAGGCGGCGAACACGGGGUGAACAGGCACGAGCGGGUUCAUGCGAGCAUACCUAUACGUGGAAGUGGAGCGUAUUUUUAGUGUUCGUUCUGCGGGCAUCAUUUGGGGACGGCGGGACGUACGGUCUCGCCACUGUGGCUGUCCGCUCGCGUGAUGUCAUUUUAGCUGAGUUCGGAGGAGACCGUAGCAAGGCCUGGUUUUUCUGGGUUCUGUAACUCUUGCUUUAACGGCUGCCCCCAGAAGCAUGCUCAUGCGGCUGUUUGGCCACGCAGGAGCGCAUGACAAAGCGCCGAAAGCAUUGAGACUGCGGGUCGACCGCAGCUUUGGCAGGUUGCUCUGCUUCCCUUUCUGCUUCUGUACCGACAAUUGCAGGCCCUUUGUGAACUUGGUUUUCCGUAAGUUGUCAAUUCCUGAGCACAAUAUCCUCUUGAACCUUUAAGUGAAGGAUGCGUUCUCGCUCGCCUCUCUCAUUCCCCGUUUGAAUUGUUGGGACUUUCUGCCACUCAAGUCGGCUCUUCUGUUUUAAGUCAUGUUCCAGAAAGCAGUGAAUUGUUUUUUUCUCUCUCUCUCUCAAGCCACUCAAACAGAAAGGCUUCACAUUACUCCAUUGGUGUUUAUAAUUAGAUGGCUUUGCCCUUUGGUUUCUUUUUUGUCUUCCAGGUAAGAGACCCGCCUGCGAAGAGCACGGUGGGCUGCGGUCUCCACGCUGCUGGUCUCGCGGGUUUUGCUGUUACUAGCCAUGCGUCGCACCGUCGGAUGGACUGCUUAAUUUUUACAGUAGUCUGGUAGCUGGGACAGUUUGGUCAAAUAUUUUUAUUGUCCCUUCCGCCCCAACUCCGCACUUUUAGCGGUCAACCUUGACAGCAGCUUCCCCCUUUCCCAUCACUUUAUACUGGGUGCAGUUGAUGUUAUUUCAUUGUCACCUUCCAAUGAUCAGUACCUGCUAGACCUUCCGCUGAUCAUCUUUGAAUCCUCCAGUCAACUUCUGGUUGUGGUGGUCUGACAACUGAAUUUUACAAACACAUGAAGGUAGAUGAGGGAAGUCACUGGUGUAAUAAAGUGAACAUGAGUAGAUGAAACGUACGAUAUCAUAAAUUCAUUGAUUUAAAUUAGAAUAUUCAUGCAUUUCGUAGACUGCUUCUCAAAGCCACGCGCAACGGAGGAAGAGCUUUCGAUACAGACCCACGGCUGCCGAAGCACAGCUGGUUUUUGUAAUACCGCUGUUUUUACUGGUACGUUACUCCAGUAGCUGCCAAUAGAACUGCGUCAAUUAGGAUAUAUGUUGACAAGAGAUUGUGUGAUGAAAAAUUUUAGAGGUGUGAGGGGAUAUGUGUCUAAAAGAGAUGCAUUCUGAGACCUGAAUGGUGGAAGGGAUUCAGCAACUGUGAGGGCAAGAGGGAAUUUGUUCCACCGGUUUUAUAGCCAAAGUCAACACUUUGAUUUUUGAACCACCAAGCAGCCAGCUGUGUACUCCUGCUGUGGUGAGUGGUACUCUAUUGUUUUAUAUGUACACAGUCGCCUCAUUCAUGCUCCAUUGUUAAGACAUUGCCCUCUGCUCAGAGCUUGAGUGUCAGACGCUCCUCCCGAAGAUCCUCAUUCCUGGAAAUUAGAUCAGUCACAACAUGCGCAGCACCGGUUCCUUGGCGAUAACAUCUGGUUAGAAAUUUUUGGUUGACAUCCGUGUGUCUGACAGUGAUUAAGCUGGUGCGUCAGUGCCAACAUGCAGGAAAUGUGGGAAGAGUGAGUGUAGAGCUUUCCUUUCCAGGACGAAGGAUUGUGGCUGGUGGAUGAGGUUGGCUGGUCUUCGCUGGCCGCUACGCUCAGCAUCCAGAAUUGAACCCAGCGAUGAGAAUCUAUUAUGAAGUCGUUCUCAACCUGCUUUGUUUUGGCAGAAGGACUGAAUAAGCAGUAAUGCGUAGACAACUACAAUGUUUUUUUGACUAAGUUGUGUUUACACCCUGUUAGUACUUCCGCUGUUGUGGCGUAAGAUAUCAAUCUGCACUAGGAGACCCUUUAUGCUGCCGUGCGUCACGCACCUCCGCUCCUCCAUCGCAUUGCGUUUGUCAUGUAAACGUAGGUAGAACCCAGCUCAACUGUGUAAAAUUGUGAACAUCUUUGUACAGUUUAGUUGCAGGAAGCAGCACUAUAAUCGGUGUCCCUUUUUGGUGGGGCAGGGCAAGGAGUUAAAUAUUUGGCAGCGCAUCUACAUGUGUGAACUGCAAAUUAUGUCACGGGACUCUUAGUGUCAGGACUGUUUCGGACCUUUUUUAAAGCCUCCCUUCUGAUGAUUGCAAGCAGAGCCGGUCCUUUGGAGAGUGUAACGCGUCUGGGUGUUAGAGUGCAGAGACCGCCGUGCCGAGAGCGCUCUGCCGUCUCUGCUGCUCCCGGACUCGUUCCUGCCAAGUUUUCCUGAAGAGGGGCGUCUCGCAGUUAAGAUAAAAUGUCAAAGGUCCGUUGGACAUGUCACGCGCUCACGGACAUGUUUUGCCCACUGGAGACCUUUUACAAAAGAAUGCCGUAGUUCCAGAGGACUCGUAUCUUUCUCCUGUGCAAUCCAAAAAGAUGGGGAUGUGCUGCUGAAAUAAACACCAUUGCUCUCUUCUGUGAGGGUUUUUUUUUUUUUUUUUGAAUUUCGGUUCAACACCUUUGACGAGCACAGCUCCGGUGACUCAUUCUUUACAGUAAAACCCGUAUUGAGGUUCUCAAACCUGUCUUAAUGACACUGUAAACAAACCCUCUUGCUUCCUUUUCAGUGGCCCAGCCUGGCAAUAUUUACAGAUAUGUGCAGUACACGAGUUUGUAAAUUGUCCCUUUUGUACAUUUUUCCCCUUUGAUUUUUAUUGGUCCUGCAUUCCAAGGCUGGGAUGAAGUCCCAAGCAGUCGUCUUCUCGGGUGACGCUUCUUCUGUAUCUAGGCCCUGGGGACCGGGUCUUUGAUGUUUGGUUUUGCAUUCCCAGGAGGCCCAAAAGACACCGAAGGUGGACUGUCACACCCAUUGUGUUGUUUGAAUAGUUAGUCAUUUCCAUAUGUCAGCGUUCUUGCACGAGGACCCAAGGAGGGGGAGGUGAUGGCUGAAUCUGGUGGCCUCCGUAUCUCGCGGGUGUUUACGUGUUCAUCCGUUAAUUAGUGACCCCUCGGAGGUCGAAACCUGGUUGUGACUGGUUUUUAAUGCAUUAGUCAGCAGGCCGGUGUUCUCCCUCCCUCACCCUGUGACUUCUGCACCUGGACUCGUGUUAGACAAGGACGGAAAUCGAUGCGGACCCAACGGAGAGGCACCUCGGACUCUUGCGGUCUUCCUUCCCAGUGACUUAAAAUCUCCUCCUCCCGUUUCCUCUUUUGUGAAUGAGUCCUUUCGUGAGUAGUGUGUGCAUGUGUAUGUGUUGGAGCAGCAUUUCUUUAGUGGACAUGUUUGUACAAAAUGACUUAAUACACCGCUAUUUAUAGAAUCAUGUUUUAGGAAGGCAGUGUGGGUUAGGUGCCUUGCCCGACCAGGGUGUCGGUGCUGCGUGUGGACAUGACAUGCAAAUUUUUUUUUUUUUGGGUUGCUGUUAUUACUGCUCUUGUUGCUAAACACUCCAGCUUGCACUGCGCCCUCCUUUGCAGAUGAAGUCCUGAAAUGUCUCCAUGACGUGACAAACCAUUUGAUGUCCCCCUUUGCGAGAGAGAAGCCCUCUACCUCUUGCAUCUGUACAGCUCAACAUGGGUUUGCUCCACGCAACAGUUUAAAACGGGAAAGAUUGUAUAACUACUCAGCUAUUCAGAAGACGUGUUCUGUUUUGCCUUUGUAACAAUAAAUGCAUUGACGAGUCUGGUUUUUUUCUGGUUAUCUGCGCUCAUAGAAUUUUGGUGGCCUCUAAAUUGUUGGGGGUGGUGGAAAGUAAACCUGGUUAUUCAGUUGCUGUCUCUGCUACAAAAGCUCAGGAGGAAACAACGUCCCAGUAAGUUCCCUCGUAGGAGUGGUAUCGCUGUAGUCAUUCCAGAUACCCAGAUGCCAAGGAUGAGCUCUCCAGCAGAUGGACUGAAGUUUGCACUUUGGGCAGGAAAUGAAACCUGUUCAUUGUGUGAGCCGCACAUUUGUGAACGGAAGAUCGCGACUAUCUGAGUUCUGCCAUCUCCGUGCUUUCUGGGCUGCACUAUCUCAGUAAUUUGCUGAUCCAGUCCGGGGCGUCUGGCUUGUACAUGUUAACCGAGACCUGAAGAGGGUGCGUUGAAGAUGGCGGUAUGGAUCCAGGCGCAGCAACUGCAAGGCGACGCGCUGCACCAGAUGCAGUCCCUCUAUGGUCAGCAUUUCCCCAUUGAGGUGCGCCACUACCUGUCCCACUGGAUCGAGAGCCAGCUAUGGGACUCCAUUGACCUUGAGAAUCCGCAGGAGGAGUUCAAGGCCAAGCGUCUGUUGGACAGCCUGAUUCAGGAGCUGCAGAAGAAGGCCGAACACCAGGUGGGCGAGGAUGGCUUCCUGCUGAAGAUCAAGCUUGGCCACUAUGCCAGUCAGCUCAAGAUCACGUAUGACCGCUGCCCAUUGGAGCUGGUGCGAUGCAUCAAGCACAUCCUUUACACGGAACAGCGGCUGGUCCGGGAGGCCACCAACUCUAUCUCCCCUGUGGGCGGGAUGAUGGACAGCAUGUCUCAGAAAUACCAGCAGAUCAAUCAGGCCUUCGAGGAGCUGAGAGCCAUGACUCAGGACACGGACAAUGACCUACGCAAACUGCAGCACAACCAGGAGUAUUUCAUAAUCCAGUACCAGGAGAGCCUCCGCAUCCAGGCUCAACUCACCAGCCUCGCCAACCUGCCCCCAGCUGAACGACAGCUCAGGGAGCCGAGCCUGCAGAACAAGAGGGCCACGGUGGAGGCCUGGCUCACUCGGGAGGCUAAUACACUACAGAAAUACAGACUGGACCUCGCAGAGAAACAUCAGAAGACCUUGCAGAUGCUCCGGAAGCAACAGACAAUCAUUCUGGAUGACGAACUCAUCCAGUGGAAGAGGCGACAGCAGCUGGCUGGCAAUGGCGGGCCUCCUGAGGGUGGGCUGGAUAUCUUGCAGUCCUGGUGUGAAAAGCUGGCAGAAAUGAUUUGGCAGAACCGGCAGCAGAUUCGGCGGGCAGAGCACUUGAGGCAGCAGCUGCCAAUCCCAGGCCCAAUUGAGGAGCUUCUGACGGACCUCAACAGCACCAUUACAGACAUCAUUUCUGCGCUGGUCACCAGCACCUUCAUCAUCGAAAAACAGCCCCCUCAGGUCCUAAAGACGCAGACCAAGUUCGCCGCCACCGUGCGGCUACUGGUUGGCGGCCGACUCAACGUCCAUAUGAACCCGCCCCAAGUCAAGGCCACCAUCAUCAGUGAGCAGCAAGCCAAAGCCCUGCUGAAGAAUGAGAACACCAGGAAUGACAGCAGCGGUGAGAUCCUCAACAACAACUGUGUGAUGGAGUACCACCAGACCACCGGCACCCUCAGCGCCCACUUCAGAAACAUGUCCUUAAAAAGGAUAAAACGCUCCGAUAGGCGAGGGGCGGAAUCUGUGACAGAGGAGAAGUUCACCAUAUUGUUUGAGUCCCAGUUCAGCGUGGGAGGCAACGAGCUUGUGUUUCAAGUCAAGACCUUAUCACUUCCUGUAGUAGUGAUUGUCCAUGGAAGCCAAGACAACAACGCCACGGCAACAGUCCUUUGGGAUAAUGCUUUCGCAGAACCGGGUCGGGUGCCUUUUCUUGUACCGGACAAGGUCCUCUGGCCACAGCUGUGUGAGGCCAUCAACAUGAAGUAUAAGGCUGAGGUGCAGAGCAACCGGGGUCUGUCUGAGGAGAACCUCGUCUUUCUGGCCCAGAAAGCCUUCACCAGCUCCAGCAUCAACCCUGAGGAUUACCGCAACAUGACCAUAUCCUGGUCGCAGUUUAACAGGGAGAGUUUGCCUGGACGGAACUUCACCUUUUGGCAGUGGUUCGAUGGGGUGAUGGAGCUCACGAAAAAGCACCUAAAGCCGCAUUGGAACGAUGGAGCAAUUCUGGGCUUCGUGAACAAGCAGCAGGCUCAGGACAUGCUCAUGUCGAAGCCCAAUGGAACGUUCCUGCUACGCUUUAGCGACUCGGAGAUCGGAGGCAUCACAAUUGCUUGGGUGGCAGAGAACCCAAAUAAAGCAGGAGAGAGGAUGGUGUGGAACCUCAUGCCGUACACGUCCAAGGACUUCUCCAUCCGCUCAUUGGCUGACCGCAUCAGCGACCUCAACCACCUCCUGUUUUUGUACCCGGACCGGCCCAAAGACGAGGUGUUCUCCAAAUACUACACGCCGCCACUGUCAAAACCGGUGGACGGAUACGUCAAACCACAGAUCAAGCAAGUGGUACCAGAGUUCACCACACCCAAUCCUGACCCGUCAAGCGUGAGCACCCCUUUCAUGGAUCAAGCGUCUCCAGCCAUGGCUGUGGGACUGGCUCACAGCAUGUACACGCCCAUUGAUCCCACGCUUGACCCGGAGGGCGAGUUCGACCUGGACGACACGAUGGACGUGGCGCGACACGUGGAGGAGCUGCUGCGGCGGCCAAUGGAGAACCAGUGGAGUGGGCAGCAGUCGUGACCUUUGACCCUUUGACCUCUGACUCAAACAAAACCAGUCCACGUCAAACUUGUUAUGGUUUAAUUCCAUAGUUUUCCCCAUUUUUUCAUUUUAGAUAACAAGGUAAAAUGUAAUAAUGGUUGUGAAUCUUGAAACCUUUUUGUCAUCUUUAAUCAUGCAAAUUGCACAACACUUUUUCUUUGUACCCAAAUGUACGUGAAAUGUGAGGAAAACGAAUGCAACGAAUUGCUGGUCUACACGUUUAUCGGAUAGCCUGAUACAACACUUGUAUGGCUCUCUUUAUAUUUGUAGCAUUUUUUUUUUUGCAAAAUUAAUAGAUCAUAACAGAGAAUGAACUGAAUGAAAACGGAAUACAUGUGUUUUCACUUUUUCAUUUUGGUUCAUCAGAGUUUACGAAAAGAUGUGAUUCACAACCUUAUUACCUGAAAAAAUGUUUUCCUAACUGCAGAAAGUUUGCAUUUUGUAAUAUGCUUUUUUCUACUCGAGCACAAGCAUAAUUCAGGGGGUGUGUGUAUAUGUGUGUGUAUAUAUAUAUGUAUAUGUGUGUAUGUAUAUACGUAUAUAUU